CCUCGACGAAGAACAGACUGGCAGCUGUAUCAGCCAGCAGGUGACACCAUGUCUGACGAGUAUGAGCUGAAGCAGGUCGUGACCGAGCCAGACCACUACGCCCAGUUCUGCAUCUCGCAGGGGAUCAAGGUAGGCAAUCUGGUCUUUGUGUCGGGCCAAGUGGCACUGGGCGAGGACGCCUCCAUCGUCGGCAAAGGCGACUUCCCAGCUCAAAUCGAGCAGGCAUUUCUCAAUCUCAGCCGAGUCUUGCAGAGUGCUGGCUCAGAUCUGAGCAAGGUCGCCAAGGUGACCAUCUUCUUGGUCAACAUGAAGGAGCACUUCGGCUACGUUCGCCAGGCCCGAGCGAAGUACUUUAGCGUCCCUUAUCCCGCCGAUACGAUCGUCGAAGUCAAGUCGCUGUAUCACCCGGAUGUCCUGAUCGAAAUUGAGGCGAUCGCAGUGGCAGCCACUUAGAAGCGACUACAAAGCCACAUCUAUCAAGCUGCUCAAUAGAAUACAGUGAAUAAGCCAGCAAUCCGAUUUAGAUCUACCUUUGGGUCAGACGGAAAGAUGGUGGAGCUCGAGUCGUCAUGCUUUCACUUCAGAAUAGAUACAUCUAACACAUACUCACAACACGGACAAGAUCGAU